AAGUCACGUCGGCUCCACCUGCAGUCGUCGUCCUGUAGAUCAUCCUCCAGCUGACUGACUUCAGCCUUCAGGGGAAAGAUGGCGACCCGAGUCCUUCAGCGAGUGAGCACGGGCCUGAAACAGACCCAAAAUAGGCUCCAGGCGAGCGGGCAAGUGACGGUAGUCGUAAGGUGAGAGUUCCGCAGGAUGUGGUUGUUCACUCGGAUGUAGAAAUAACACUUUGAAGUGUGUUUUGGUCGUACAGAGUAACAAAUGACAAAGUUCGUGAUGCUAUGCGGCUAGGCUAAAGCUAACGCUAAUAUUAAUACGCCGUGUACCGUAGGUAGCAUUAGCACUGUAACUCUAAACUUGCUAACUUUCUGCUAAUGCAAUUAUUCACCCUCUGGGCUUCUGCGGUUGUUGUGAAACCUGUGACUGCAGGGACUUUUGUAAAUUUAAGCGUGGAAAUGUACUUUUAGUGUGCUGAAAAACUAGCGAGUUUGUGUUUGUUGUAAAGUGAAACCAACUUCAAGGUCAGUAUGCAGAGCAAACCUUGUUUUGGUUGGUGAAUGACACACUUUCCUCUGUGUUGGCAGGUGUGAGUCUUCAAGCCAGCUAUAAUGUCAAAGUGUUACUAUUUGACAUGCAGAUGAAGUGAACUUUGAGUGACCCCAGUUUAGUAAUGUGAUUUGACUCAGCUGGAAAAGUUUAAGUAUGCUGGGACUACUUUCAGUAACAGCUAUUUAGUGGAGAUGAUUGCAUAUUAUUGUAAAGCUUCAUGAAGAAAACACCAUAGUAAUGGGAUGGGCUUCUUCUAAAUCUUUGUGUACUAAUCCUGUGGUUAUGUGUAACUAUGUGCAGCAGCUUAUAUGUUUCACUGCUGCUGGCCCUUUAGCCUGAGAGUGUUUAUAUUGCAUUAGUUAUUUACUCUAAAAAGAUGUGUUCAUUAUUUUGCUGCAUAAGUUAUUGACUGACUGACUGGUUGAUUUGUAAACAGUGCCUCCUUGUGCAUUUAACAUGACCUGGGUUUUUUUAUUUUUUAUAAGGAGACACAGGAGGAGCCAGUUAUAAUUAUAGAUUGAACAGGACACCAUUGCUACCGAUUUUAGGUCAUCAAGCAGUUUGUUACUAACAGCACUCUCACCAGAGCAGGUUCAAAUAGAAAAUAAACCCAUUUAGAAGUCUGUUGGGACUUCACUGCUGGUGCUGAGCAGGUCAACAGAGCUCCAAGAGUUGAACUAAACCAUUAAGUGCUCUUAAGACGCAAGAGUUUCAAAAGAAUACUUGUAGCAUAACUGUAUGCUGCACUUGCUGGUGCAGUUUUCUAUCACUGGGGCUGAGCGAUGUGGGAAAAAGUUUAUCACGAUAUAAUUCUUUUAUAUCAGUCGAUAUCGAUGUAUAUCAUGAUAUAAAAAAUGAAACAUAAGAGGGUUUAUUGGUGGCAUGUCCUUGCAAUACAAUGAGCUACUGCAUAUGGGAGGUCUUUGUGUCUCUUCGAUGUUUUGUCGUAAGGUGUUGCCGACUGUUUCAGCUGCACAGGCACCAUGGGCUCCUUGCUCCGCUCGGGGUUUGUAACCUUUUGCAUUGUGCGUGCUCUGCUGUGUGGCACUGCUUCAGGUGGUGAAAAAGAUUUGAGGUAUUCCCCGACUUUGCGAGAACAUGUACUCGACAUAAUUUGCAGUGCACAUUACUCUGCUUCAUGUCCGACCUCAAAAACGAAAAUACCAAAAUAAUCCACCAACAUUUUCAUGCCACUUUUUUCAAUGAUCAUCUGUUGAGUCUUCAUCUGUAUUUCUUCUGGGGGUAGCACUCUUUUUUUCUCACGGGCAGUGCUGUCAGCUUCACGUGUUAAAUUGCUAUGGUUGCGUGUAGCUGCAGCCUGCUACUACGCAGUUGUUUACUACUUGGUUCUAAUUCAGUACAUGAUUGUUUCAGCGCGAAGCGGACCUGGAGCAACUCCCCUUUUCAUGGGCUAUUCGUAUAGUCUACCAAAACAUGGCAGAAUAGUGACCAUCGAAAAAGCAUAUUGACCAUGUUUUAUAUUGAUAUGAUAUAUAUCGUUAUCGUUUUAUCGCCCAGCCCUACUGUGAGGAGUGUUUGCCUUUAUUGUAUCUCAGGGGAAUUGCUUGUAUCCAAUUUGUGCUUUGUUUUACAACAGAGGCCUCUCAGCUAUCCGUGAGGACAGCUGGUUCAAAUCGCUCUUUGUAAGAAAGGUCGAUCCCCGGAAAGAUGCUCACAGUCACCUUCUUGCAAAGAAGGAAGACAACAAUCUCUACAAAGUACAGUGUACGUGUUGUUUGAGGUGUUCUGUGAAAGCUAUGUUGGCUCUCUGUCAUAUAUUAACUUUAGUGUGCAUUCAUUGUAUUUCUUUAUGACAGAUAAUGAAACAUGCUCAUCCUUGAAAAAUGUUGUUAUAUGAAACUGUAAAAAUUUUGUUUCAUUGUUUCCUUGCAGUUCACAAUGUGAAGCCUGAGUGCCUUGAGGAGUACAAUAAACUCUGGUAAGCUGUCCUUGCUUUAAGCUGCCUGGUUUAGUGCAUUUUUCAGAUUAACAAUCCUCCUCUACACAUUUGUGUAAGUGUUUUAUAUAUAUGUGUGUGUGUGUUCCUGCAGUGAGGAUGUCUUGCCUUCUAUUCACGCUGACCCUGAGUACCCCUGUGAGCUUGUGGGUACCUGGAACACAUGGUACGGAGAACAGGAUCAGGCAGGUAAGGGCAGCAGUGACGCUCAGUUGGUAAAGGUCACUGUGUACGUGUGCAAAUGAUGAACCUGCCUGUGAAGAGCAUUUGACUUGCAGAUUAACCCCCCCACACACACACACAUUUAUCACAAGGUAGAUGUGCCCCAGAGAUCAGUGAGGAAAUAGACAGAAAAAGUAUGAAUUCAUCACUAUAUUUUAUCACACGUGUAUAUAAUUAACCAUGCAGUAAUGUGAACAGUCCAUACUUUUUAGAGAGACCAGGGUUUUUAAGUGUGGUCAUUUUUAAAUUGUGUUUGUGUGUUAAUGUAAUAUCUUUUAAAACUUAAAAAAAUUAAAUUGAUAAAGUCAGUGGCCUUGAGAAGUGUUGUAUGUAAUUGAACAUCAAUGACCUAAAAUUUUCACAUUUUCUGACUCAUUUAUAUAUUAAGAUGUUAAUCAGCUUGUGAGGUCGGAUAACACACUGACGUUUGCUGUUUCUCUGUGUCAGUGAAAACAGUUUUCAUUUUCUCCAUGAAAAAAAAGUACAAUGCAGCUAACAGUUGAGGAAAAAGUCAGAUGAUAAAAUGAGGACACUGAGUUUGCCUGCCUGAUAUCUUAAGGCAGGAAGUUCCACAGCUGUGGAGCCUGAACUGCAAAGGCUCCUUAAACUCUUGUGACCUGCUGAGAUUGAGGAAUACUAAGGUUUAGGCAGAGUUGCACCCUGCUAGAAGACUCCAGUAAGUCAGACUCACAGGAAAUUAAAGAUGGUCAAUUGAUGGUUGACACACUGAAUAUUAUCAUGCUGGCUCAGGUCACAGCUGGUCGAUUAAACUGUAGUUUUGAAAGGAAAGAAAUAUAGAAACACUGAGAUAUACUCGAGAGGUGCAUUGAUUUUUCUCUUUUGCUCUUACUUUUCUAGUUCACCUGUGGAGAUAUCGGGGAGGAUAUCCAGCUCUCACUGAAGUCAUGAACAAACUCAGACAGAAUAAGGUAACGGGUGAUAUGAUGAGUUUAGUUUACAAUCACAUAUUUAUGUCUUAAUGGUUUUUGGAUGUGCGUAGACUCAUAAACGUAUUGAUUUAUAUCAUUCCUGUAUUCCUGUAGGCAUUUAUGAACUACAGGAAUGAGAGAGGGAAGAUGCUGCUUUCUCGGAGGAACCAGCUGCUGCUGGAGUUCAGUUUUUGGAAUGAACCCGUCCCUCGUUCAGGACCCAACAUCUAUGAGCUCCGAUCAUACCAACUCAGGGUAUUACUGAACCACCAUCCCUGUCUCAUCCAUAAAAGAUGUUCUUUUCUGUUUCAAUGGUCUCACACUCUGUUUCUCUUCCCCUUUUUCUCUGGUUUAGCCAGGGACAAUGAUCGAGUGGGGAAAUUACUGGUAAAGCACAAAUGAGUUUUUCUAUCUUCUUGUGUACCUCUGUUGUGUUCAGACAGUGUCAGUAAGCUAGUUGUAUCCAGUGUGAUAGUAAGUCUUAAACACAACAUCAUAUACUGUAAAAUUUCCUCACUGAAACUUUAUUUUAUCGGUUUUACAGACUGUAGCAGAUGAAUAUGAGGAAACGGUACUUUUUGGCUACACAGUCUUUGCAUGACUCCAACGCAUGCCUAGAUCGUAUAUCCACAAUUUAUAAAUCUAAAGCAUAAUUCUAUUUACUCUGUAUUUAAUAUAAAGUAUGUACACCUUUGAUUCAAUGGAAAAAUUCCCUUUCAUGUAAUUCAAAAACAUGAUAGAUGUUUCAACAAUUAAGUUUAAUGUUCUAAAUUAAAGGAAAUUAUAGGGAUGCUGGAUAAUGCCACUUUGAUUUAGAGUUAAAAACCUACAAAUUUGUGCUGGUGAUUUAAUUGGUAACAGACUGUUUGUCUUGUUUUGGUCUUGUCACAUUAUUCUGUUGUGCUCUGCAGGGCACGUGCGAUUGAGAUCCGCCAGCAGAACCAGGAGGCAGUCGGAGGCUUUUUCUCACAGAUUGGGAGUCUAUACACAGUUCACCAUUUAUGGGGUAUGCAGUGUUUUCAGGUUAAAUGAAGUGUGCAGCAUCUUGAUCUUAAGAGAACAAUAAUUGAAUUAUUGAAAAUAAUAUUUAAUCAAACAAUUUAUGAUGUAUAAAUUACAGGCUAGUAGAAAGUGUCAGGAUUCAGCACUUAUGUGGAAGUGAUGACACUGGGUAAAGUUUUAUUGAUCUAAGUAAAAGUUGUACUGUUGACCCCUAAAAUGGUGUUUAUUUUUCAUUUCAGCUUACAAAGACCUUCAGUCUAGAGAAAACAUCAGAAAUGCAGCCUGGAACCGUGAAGGCUGGGACGAGGUUGUUUAUUAUACUGGUAAGAGGAUCUUUCCCCACAUUACUCUGAUAGGGGUAGAUAGAUUUUACUUUUUCAAUGUUAUAAUUAUAAUGUAAACAUACUUAUCUGUACUAUGAUUAUUAAGAGGGUUAGUAAAUAACCAACUUGUUCAGUUUGAACCUUUUAAUAACUCGAGCUGCUAAGUAGUGAUUAAGCCUUGCAGACUGGCUAAAUACUUUAUAGGAGGUCAGCUGUUAUCAAUAUAGAAAACCUGGUUUAUCUAGAGUCAAGAAAUCCCCUGCUGGCCUCAUGUUAAAAUGAUCAACUAUAAAGCAUAAAUAAGCGUGUUUACAGCCUAGAUCAAGACUCAAUUUUGGUCUCUUUAGCUCUUUUUUUAUUCCCACAAAAUAAACAGUGGUUGAAUAUUCAAAACUCAUAACUUUGCAUAACUUUGCCUGUGAAUGUGGUGAGUUGACAGACAGGUUGGCAAGAUGUCGCUCAAAAGUUGAGUUGGUAUUUCUUAUCCUGCAACUGCUAUUGUUAGGCUUCACAACACCUCCUCAGAAACCAAUGACUCGCUGAGACAAUGUCAUAGCUGUGAACAGUCCAUGGUUGUGCCUACAGCACUUAAUAACAAUAUAUCAAACUGCCAUUAUUGAUAAGUAGAAGACAGAUUUCAGGGAUGAAAAUUCACAUGUUUUUGGUUGUUCAGAACAUGUUUAAGUGGUGCUCUUGGGUUUUCUUUGGAGUGGAUCCUGACUGUUUUUCUGUCCUGUCUCACAGUCCCUCUUAUUCAGCACAUGGAAUCUAGAAUAAUGAUUCCCAUGAAGUCUUCACCCUUGAAGUAACCACAAAAAGCCAGCAGGGGGGAACCUCACAGCAACCACUGCAACCAAUAACACUGACAUGUAGACAGUGUAACCAGCCAUUGGAGUGUGCACUGCCUGGGAUAUCUGCGUAAAGGCAUCAGUUUCUGUUUUUUUUUCUUUUCCAGUUCUUUUAGUUUCCCUAAUUCAGUUUUCUGUGUGGGCCUCGAACGUCUCUUUUCAGCAGAUGAUCACCAAACUGUAUCUGUUACAGCAACUACUGUGUUACUGAUCCAUGAACGCAUUGAAUGUAGACAAAUAUGAUUUGACAUGUUUAAUUUUUUGGGUUAGAUUUAAAAUUUCUCAACUAAAAUUUAAAGAUUACACAAAACUAUCAUCAGUGUUUGUUGAUACCAGAGGAAAAGAUGCAGGUUAAACUGCUAACAGUUGUAGGGUUGGUCAUUCGGGCUGAAAACUUCUCAAGGUCAUAAAAUGCAUCACAAAUGACAACAUGACUCAGAAGCCCUUCUUGCACUAGCACUUGUAACUAGUUUUCAAAGAGGCAUCUGUAUCCAGUAUCUUACAGCAAAUACAGUCUCAUAUGAGCAGUUAAUCAGUGUGAGCUUUAUAAAUGUUCAAUGUUAAAUGGGUGUUGGUCAGUUUAAAAAGAGAAACACGUUUUUAUAAAUCAGGUUCUGUGUUAUAAAUAUUGAAGGAGAGAGUUAGAGGGUGGUCGUCAGUCUGUUUUUUUUGGUCAAAAGUCCAUCAUUUACUCUCUCCUCCAGAAAAUGUGACUUCAUGUUUACAUAGCUUUGAUCCAGUCAUCUGAUUAUCCCAGGUACCUUAUGUCAUAGUCAGUUGUACGGGUUCAAGUAUUCAGAAUGACACAGUGAUAAAGGUGCACAAAAAUAUUGGAUGGAAAAGAGCAAGGUGUCAAAAGCAGGAAUUGAGUUUUCAUUCUUGCCUAAUAAUAGAAUACAGUGUCCAGGUCUGAUGUUGAAUUUGUGCUAAUUUUCUCUCUUUGUUUCUCUUUUGUUAAACUGACCAUACCUUCAGACUAUUUUCUGUCUUUAACACCCAUAUUUUCAGGCUGUUCCUAGUGUAGGAAAGGGUACAAUGACCAGAUAAAUAAAAAAAACAAUAAGCUAGAUUUGAUUUCUGCACAACUAAUCAGUAUUUACAGACUGCUGUACACAGACUUGUUUUGCAUACCUGUAUCAAGCAAUUAAUGCCAGCUAAUGAUUGUGAGAAUUAACUGAGAUUAAUGGAUUUUAAUGGUCAGAUUGUAGAUAAUAAUAGUGAGUUUACUGACCCAGCCUUUGGGAUGGGGGUUAGUCUUGUAUCUGUAAAUGAAGUGUGGUAUCCUAACCUGCUUUGAGUAAAAAAUAAAAGUGGCAGGAGACGAAUAUCACAAUGUGGUAAAUGCAAAUUGCAGUGCUUUAAUAAAUUAGUUGUAUAUAUUGAAUUAAAUCUUUGAUGCAAA